ACGCGGCAGCCCCCCAUGGCCAAGGACAAGGGCAACACCCCGGACUUGCUCGACUGGGUCGGCCCGGACAUCUCCGCCGCCAUCUUCCGCCUCCUCCACCACCCCGCCGACCUCCUCCGCGCAUCCGCCGCCCAACGCUCCUGGCGCAGAUUCGUGGUGGAGAACGACUUCUGCAGGACCCUCUGCGAGCGGCUAUGCCCAGAGGCGGCCACCCUGGCAUCCGCCGUCGAGGUGAGCAGAUCAUCCCCGCCGCCGCCGGCGUCCCCCGAGUCAAGCGACGACGCCGGGGCCCGGGCGGCGGAGGCGGAGUUCCGGAUCUACGCGCACCUCUGCGGGGAGCUCGUCGCCAACCCCGCAGGCCCCGGCCGAUCCAUCGACUGCAUCCUGCACUGCGUCGGCGCCUCCUCCACCGACAACUUCCCCGACGAGACCAUCGAGAACACCCUCGAGCCGCAGGACCGCAUCAACCACCGACCCUCGUACUGGUCCAGCGGCGGACAGGAUGACGGGGCCGUGCCCGAGACGCUCACCUACAGGCUUUGCUCUGACAUCUGCGUCGUCCACGAGAUCAAGUUGCAGCCGUUCAAAGCAUACUUUCAGAUUGGCCAACCUAUAUACUCUUCAAGGAUGGUCCGAUUCCGGAUGGGCCACUGCAAACUUCCUCGUGGAUCUGAAUCAUUUGUCACGGAGGAGGAUGAGAACCAGGCAGUUAUUGCUGAUGAAAACUAUCUGUGGACUUACACCUCGCCCGAGUUCCCUAUGCUGCAGGAAAAUUCACUACAAUCGUUUAAACUGCCGCGCCCAGUCCUUUGCAUUGGUGGUGUAGUGAAAAUUGAACUGCUGGGAGGAGUGCAGAAGCAAGCCAGUGAUGAUCGGUAUUACAUUUGUGUCUGCCAUGCUCAAGUGGUCGGCCGUUCACUUUCACCAGUCCUCAUGGUCGACAUCUCCGACGAUGGUGGCCGCUCAAUCCUCAAGUACCUGCCGGCAGCCAGAGGCCUGUGUGCGGAGGAGGUGAUGCAGAACAAGUCGAUGGACUCGUUGGAGUGGCACGCUCUCCUCGACAGGUACAGGCACAUAAGGCAUCUGGCGAUCAUGCAGGUUCUCACGGGGCAUGCACGGUUCAAUGAACAAGACGGCGGCGUUGGGCUCAUUGAACAGCAUGAAUUAGGCGGCGGGGACGUCUCGGACGACGACCAUUUCGCCUAGGCUUGGUUGCUGUUACAGGGCUGUGCAGCAGCAGCUGCAGAGACUGCUGUUUCGUAUACUGUUGUUGUAGUAGAUCCUUGCAGGACAUACCUGAACUUGUGAACCCGCCGUAUGUAAAACUAGUUGAGGAACGACAUGGCUGAGAAGAGACAGCUGUUGUUGUUGUGGUGGAGAGAGUAUAGAGUGAAAAGAGUUUAUGACAAUGGGUUGCAACUUGGUUAUAUCUUUGGUCGUGCUAAUGAGCUGUGGUCUGUUCUUGGUUUA